CGAUCUCCUCGCCCACACAGAAGCACCUCCUUCGUUGGAAAAGCAUUGCACCCUCCAGUCCAGCUCUUGUUAGCCAAUCCGCCAAGAUGAGAUUCACCGCCGUCGCCAGUGGCCUGCUCCUCGCAGGCAGCGCUAUUGCUGCGCCCGCCACUCGAUCCGAGAAGAUGGCCAAGAGCCGCGCUGCCCGCCGCCACUCGAACCCCAACAAGAAGAUCGAUGCCCCGGCUGACCAGCCCACCAACGACACCAUGGUCUCGUACUCUUCCAACUGGUCCGGUGCCGUCCUUGUUGGAACCGGCUACACUGGUGUGACUGCCAAGUUCACCGUGCCCACUCCUUCUUCCACCGGAUCUGGCGCUGCCUGGGUUGGUAUCGAUGGAGACACGUGCUCCACUUCCAUCCUCCAGACUGGUGUCUCAUGGACCAAGUCUGCCCUCACCACCACCUACGACGCCUGGUAUGAGUGGUACCCCCACGCCUCCAUCGACUUCACCGGCAUCACCAUCUCGGCAGGCGACUCCGUCCAGGCCACCGUCGAGGCGACCAGCGAGAGGGCUGGAACCGCCACCGUCGAGAACCUGACCACCGGCGACUCCGUUACCCACACCUUCACCAUCGAGACCGCCGAGCUGUGCGAGUACAACGCCGAGUGGAUCGUCGAGGACUUUGAGGAGGGCGGCUCCCUCGUCAGCUUCGCCGACUACGGCUCCGUCGAGUUCACCGAUGCCGAGGCUACCCAGGACGGCUCCACCGUCGACACCACUGGCUCUUCCAUCAUCGACAUGCGCUCCGGUCUCCUGGGCAGCGUCGAGUCCACCUGCACUGCGUCUGGCACCACCGUCUCUUGCACCUACGGUUAAACGGGUUUCCAACCCUUUCCCUGUUCCCCUCGUGAUACAGUCGUUGCGGGAACAAAGGGGCGUGUAAUGUGACACGAAGUACGCAGAGACUUCUGGAGAAUGAAAAUUACUUCAAUUCUAUGUUUGGAAAUACUUUCACGUGGCGAUGUUUUUGAGUUAUCUUGAGAUAGACAUUUUGAGAUAAUGAACUGUGAAAAUCGUCACCAU